CUUUUAAAUAAUAUUUUCACAGCGUACAACGGUAUUAUAAUAAAACGCAAAUUAACAUCAAAAGAGUUUAAUCAAAAUGGACUACAGUUUUAUAACUCAUUAUUUGUACUAUUACCGGCCUUACUACUAUUUUACAUGACAGAAGAUUUCGAUAAAGUUAGUGUAUACUAUUAGUUUUGACAUAAAACUCUUGCUCAAAGUUGAUAUUAAUAUGGAAAAUAUUGUUGUUUCGAAUAAGUAUCGACUUAAUUGUAGAGAAACAACUAUUUGUAGUUCAAAGUUUAUUCUUAUACUUACAUAUUGCAAACUCUUGAUAUAAUCAUUGAUUUUUGUCAAGAUCCGAAGGAUAUUCUGCGAACUGGAAUGCCAGCGUUUUUAAUGAAGUAGAAGACUAAACAGACUAUUUCAGUAGAUAAAUUCACAAUAUCCACAUUUUAAAAACUGUUCGUUUUUCUUUCUCUAUUUUAGCUUCGUUCAUUUGACAAAUAUUUUGAUGUUGGUUUUAUGUUUGCAUUUUUUCUAUCUUCAAUCAUGGGUUUUAUUUUAAAUUAUUCAACUUUAUUAUGUACUAGUUAUAAUUCAGCAUUAACAACUGCUGUUGUUGGUGCAGUCAAAAACAUGGCCGUGACUUAUGCUGGAAUGUUUGUUGGUGGAGAUUAUAUCUAUUCACCCAUUAAUUUUAUUGGACUCAAUAUCAGGUAG